AUGACUGAGGCAGUCACUUUCAACUUGUCACGUUCGCGGAGACGACGGACGGGGGCCGGGGUGGCGGCUGCGGUAGCCCUGGUCGUCUUCGCUGCGGUAUCUGCUCCGUCUGGCAGCGGAGCGCUCAGCGUCGUGCGCCGCGAUGGGUCCGACGGUGCUUCAAUCGAGUGGAUGCAAAGGCAUGGGGAUGAAGAGGAAGGCGAAGAGGUGCAUCACGAAAUGAUGGGCGAAGAUGAAGACGCGCAUCCUGGGGGCAUUUCCACGAUCGCUCCUUCCCAAGCCCAAUCCUCGCACCACACUCACCAGCAAUCGAGUCCAGGCGAUGCGAGCAAUGGCUCGGAUGGAGCGCACGAUGAAGAUCACAUCCAAAGCAGCAUGAGCCAUAUUCACCAUCACACUCACUUGCCUAGCGCCAUCGAUAUGGUGCCAUCGGCUGAGAUGGCAGGAUCGACAUUGAUCGAGAUUCCUGAGCGGCCUCACAUCACUGGCCACGCUCACGCGCAUGGACACGGCGGGCCAACUCAGCUGUCUCUGAACGAGACGACCCUGUUUCGAUCGCACGGUCCCGACCCUUUGAGUUACAUGGAGUGGGACUUCUCUUGGGGGCUUGGCAGGACAUCCGAGCUCGCUCGAUUUACAAACGAAGGCAUGAGGGGCCACAACGUGUCAUCCGAGGCACACUUGAUGGGAGUCUCAGAAGGCCGUUGGCGCACUCUCGUAGAUGCGGACAAUCUGGUAGAGAGGCGCGCUAUCGAGCAAGACAUCCGCAACAGACUCGGCCAGGCUGCUCAAGAGCCAAGCAGACAUAAAACGCUUCUGCUCCUCCACGUUGCAACAUCCAUUCUCGCCUGCAUCUUCCUCUUGCCGACGCUACUCGUACUGCGUGCUGCGAGUUCGAGGCUCGCGUCCCUCUUCGCCGUGCUGUACAUGGGCACCCUGAGCGGAUCCAUGUUCCUCUCCUUCCUCUACAAGGCUAUGACCCCAAACCUGUACCCGAGCAACGCACAUGGCCGCCUGGGAUGGGCCAUCUUCUGGAUCUCCUGCAUCGUCUUCGCCGGCGAUUUGUGUCGGGCGUUUCGCAGCACUCUUCUAGCUUUUGGGGGCGCGAGUGGCUCCGCACUGCAAAGAAUUUCUGUCACCUGUAGGGCUAUGGUAGGAGGCAAACUCGCACAACAAGAGUCCUAUCGCGCUCUCGACGAGCAAGAGCUGCUGGGGAGGUGUUCAGGCGAGGAAGCGCCUCGUGCAUCUUUGCGCACUGAGUACGAACACCACGUCCGUUUUGCUGACCUGCACGAGGACAUGGGUCGGGGUUGCCGGAUGAACAGCGGUAGCUCGCAUGGGAGUGGUAGCGGCAAUGGAACUGCGUCUCCGACCAGCACCUUAUGCGACACUCCUCGCAAGAUGAGCUUCAGCGAAGGUGGGCACAACCGCGCCAACAGCAUCGGAGCAGCUCUACCAUUUCUGUCCUGGAAGUUGCGUGGGGAGGACAGCAAGGAGCCAGUCCAAAGCUUGGCCACGUCCACGGGAGCAGCGGAUACGACACGGUCACCGACGUCCUUGUGGCGUUCAAUUCUGAAGUACACGCACGUCACUGUUGCUCGCUCCCUUACUCUGAUUUCAUUUGCUGCUGUCUACACCGGUAUUGCGGUGUACACUGGCUCGUGUCGCGGCGAUUACAAGAACACUUGCCUUGCGCACGGCAUCAAGGUGAGUCGUCAGCUUGACAACUCUCACUCCCACAAUCACAAAUGCUGAGGGCAACCGUACAUGUCCAUUUCAGGGAGGCAUCUUCUUUGCCUAUGGCCUGCUGACAUUUGGUCGAUACCUCGGGGCAUACUCUGAGCUCGGCUGGGCUUGGAACCGACGACCCAGCGCAAGGAAUUCUAGAGAUAGCAGCGCCCCGCCGUGGCAACGUAAUGCAGUCUCUGCUGAAUGGGUAGAGUCCUUCGUUUGCUUCUUUUACGGUUCCACGAAUAUGUGGAUGGAGAGGUUUGGAGCAGAAGCAGGAGAUCCAUACACGAUCAAGCAGAUUCAGCACAUCGGAAUUGCAGUCAUGUUCUGCUUUUGCGGACUUGUGGGCGUCAUACUGGAGACGCGCUGGAUCAGGGAUCUGCUUGCUCGUUCUGCCGCACAAGCGCAUCCAUCAGCCCGGAGAGUUCGAGGCCCUCAAGAUGGCUGCGAGCAAUUCACGGCUGACGGAGAAGACAGGAUCGUUGCUGCUCAGUCUCAGCCUCCGUCGUACAGCGGCUUUUUCAAUCCCUUCCCUGCCCUCGUCAUCGGUGUGACCGGGCUGGCGAUGGCUGCACAUGCGCAAAACAUAGAGUACGAGCGGGUAAUUCACGUUGUAAGCAUCUUGACCUCGACUCUUUAAUUGUCUUCAUCGGGGCUGAUGGCCGGACCUCUCCCCCUGAAUAGCUUUGGGGCAACCUGCUCGCUGGAUUCUCGGUCAUGCGUUGCCUGACCUACUUCUUCCUCUGGCUUCGGCCGCCUGUCAGCGUCUUGCCUUCCCGUCCGCCCACGGAAGCACUCGGCUCUUUCUCUCUCGCUUGCGGCGGGCUGGUUUUCAUGCUCAGCAGCGAGCAGGUCAGCCAGUGGGCGCUGCGGGCAGGAUACGCGGACGCCAUGGCGGUCGCCAAUGUCAGCAUCGCCCUGAUCGCUCUGCUCUUCGCGUGGACAGCUGUACUGCUUCUUAUCAAGGCUGCAGCUAUGCGCAGAGAAGCUCGGACAACAGCAAAGGGCGCAAGUCUGCGGUUGAGCGAGUGUGUGUCCAGGCGCGCACCCUCUUGGACGGCUUCUGACGCUGCCUCAGAGCCAGUCUUCGUUCUAGGGGACGAAGACGAUUACCAAAAGGACAUGGAAACGGGUAGAGACUUGUCAAACACCGAGAGCCUGUCUCGCGACCUGACCAGGAGCCCCGAGCAGAUGGGAGCCCGAGACUUGGCUUGA